CAUAAUCUUGCAUAAAAAAGUGAUAAUUUUUCAUGAUGCAAAAUUUCAAUUUUGAAACGAUUUUUCGUUGUCGGUGUUCGUGUUGGGCAUUUUCAAAUUUCAUGAAAAAAUUGAGUUGAAAAAUACAGAUGUGGCCCACGUUCACCGACUUGAUCAUCUUUAAUUUCUUUUGCUGCCGAAAACUGUGAUACUUAUUCAAGUUAGCGAUAAAUCUCAAACAUGGGAGACAAUAAAGAUUUAGAAAAUCUUGAUCUAUACGGGCUCUUCGAUAUUUCCCCUAAUGCUGAAAAAGCUGAAAUUAAAAAAGCCUACAGGAAAAAAGCAUUGAGCUGUCAUCCUGAUAAAAAUCCUGAUAACCCAGACGCCGCCGCAUUAUUUCACCAACUUUCUAGAGCUCAAGAUUUGUUACUGAAUGAUGUAGCUAGGGGAAUAUAUGAUAGAAAACUAAAAGCUAAACACGCUGCUCAGCUGCGCAAUAGAGAGUUAGAUGAUGAACGAAAAAGAUUUAAACAGAAAUUGGAGGAACAGGAAUUAUCUGCUGAACAAGAGAAGAAGGAUGACUUAUUACAGAGAAAAAUAAGAAUUCUACGAGAACAAGCAAAACGAGAAGCUGAAGAAGAAGAUGACAGGAAUAAGCAAGAACGAACCCAACGCUUACAAGAACAUUAUUUAUCAUUUUGUAGAAUUAGACUUUCAUGGAAAGCCAGCAAAACAGAUCCAACGAAUGGCGGAUAUAACGAAAAUAAGUUGAAAGAAAUAUUCUCUCCGUAUGGGGAAAUAGAAGCUAUGGUUAUUCCUUCUGGAAAGAAAGGUCGUGCUCUUAUUGAAUUCGCCGAUCCCGAAGCAGCGAAACGUGCUGUGCUCAUGGCAACUGGUAUAUCAUCAAAUCCUUUAAAAAUGAAAAUAUUAGGAGCUGCUGCCGCCGAAGACAGAAAGCAGAAAAUACAGUCCAUGAUGUAUAAUUCAGCUUCAAAAUGUGCAUCAUCUCAGAGUUCGACUACUGCUGAGGAAGAUCAAGAGUGAGGAAAACAAUAAUUGCAGCUCAGCAAGAAAAUUGUCUGCAUUGAGCAUCUUCUAAUUUUGGAUUGCACAUUUGACGCCCAUCAUUUUGAGAUUAUUUUCCUAUUACCUACUUAUGUACAUACUGUAAUGUUAUGCUUGUGAAUAAUUUUUGUAAAUAAAAAAUGUUGUUAUGUUGA